AUGGUGGAGGAGCUUCUCGAAGCAGAGGGUGGGAGCUUCUCCGUGGAGGAGAUGGUUGAUUUCUGCCUGUCUCUGCUGGUGGCCGGCUACGAGACCACCUCCGUGCUCAUGACGCUCGCCGUCAAGUUCCUCACUGAGACGCCCACUGCACUGGCGCAGCUGAAGGAAGAGCAUGACAAUAUCAGAGGCAUAAAAGGCAAGGACCAACCUCUGGAAUGGAGCGAUUACAAGUCGAUGCCAUUUACACAAUGUGUGAUAAGUGAAACACUGCGCGUGGCUAACUUAAUUAGCGGGGUGUUCAGGCGUGCAAACACUGAUAUUCAUUUUAAAGAUUACGUUAUUCCAAAGGGCUGCAAAAUAUUCGCUUCGUUCCGAGCUGUGCACCUUAACCUCGAACACUACGAGAAUGCUCGGACCUUUGACCCUUGGAGAUGGCAGAGCAAGAAUAAGGUUCAGAACGCGGAAGGGGCCAGUCUGUUUACUCCCUUCGGCGGCGGACCUCGUCUGUGCCCAGGCUACGAGCUUGCCCGGGUGGUGGUUUCUGUUUUCCUCCACCAUCUCGUGACGCGCUUUAGCUGGGAAGAAGCUGAGGAGGACAGGAUUGUCUUCUUCCCCACCACCCGGACCCUCAAAGGAUACCCCAUCAACCUGCGGCGGCGACCGGAUUAUGAUGAUCUCUGA